AAGAACAGUCAGUCACGAUCAGAAAUGGUAGAAUGACGUCUGAGAAAAGAGCGACGGUACAGUUAAAUGAUACCGGAGUUGACAGUUCCGAAGAAGUAGGAAUCAAAGCGACCUUUCCAGAGGUUGCAGCGGGAUGCAGCCAUGCUAUUACACCUUCGGACACCAUUGAAAAAAUACUCCUCAAUACUUCCCGGUGUCCUCCACUGAAUGCUGUUGAUAGCGAAGAAGAAGACGGAUACCGGGCGAACGACAGAAAAUGCGGCCAAGCUACAUUAUCUACACAUAUCGACGAUGGUAGUAGUUGCGAGGAUAACAGUAACACAGAAUCAACAACUGUUGAGAGAUCACAAGAUCAACUCCAAGAACUCGAUGAUACUUGGGGCCAAGGCGUCAUUGAUACAAGUAACAACGAUGAUGUCAAUAAAGCAGAAACAAAAGAUGAAGGUGCUGGUAUAACCGAAAAUGAGCUAUUCCGAGAAAGCGAUUAUUUAAACAACCAAGGGGCCAGUGAAGAAAGAACUGGCGGCAGUCAUACAACAGCGAUAUAUAUUUCUAGAACAGAAGAAGGUGCCUUCCAGGAACAGGAUGGUGCUUGCGGCCAAGAUAUAUCAUCUAAAGGGACCAUCGAUGCAACCACUGGCGACAGUAAUACACAAGUGAAAUAUAUUUCUAGAAGAGAAGAAGAAGAUGCAAUCCAGGAACAGGAUGGUGCUUGCGGCAAAGCUAUAACAUCUACAGUGGCCAGUGAUGAAUGUUAUAAUGACAGUCAUACACAAAUGAAAACUAUUUAUAGAAGAGAAAGUACAAUCCACGGUGACGACGGUGCUUGCGGCCAAGAUGAAAACAAUCUUACGACCAAUGACAACGAAGACGAAGAACUGAAGGGCCAAUUACAUAAUGAAGAAAAUGCUGAUCGAGCAAUAGAAGUCAGGGAAAUCGGCACACAUUCAGCUUCACUUUCUACUAAAAUCAGCGAUGGAAGUAGUUGCGAUGAUUACAGAAACACCCAAUCAACGACAUUUGACAGAUCAGAAAAUCAACGCCGAGAACCCGAUGAUACAUCAGGCCAAGGCGUCAGAUAUACAAGUACCAGCGAUGAUGACAAUAAAACAGAAACGAAUGAUGAAGUUGCUGUAAUAACCAAAAAGGAGCAAUUCCGAGAAAGUAGUUAUUUGAACAACCAAGGGGCCAAUGAAGAAAGAACUGGCGACAGUCAUACAACAGCGAAAUAUAUUUCUAGAACAGAAGAAGAUGCCUUCCUGGAACAGGAUGGUGCUUGCGGCCAAGAUAUAUCAUCUAAAAGGGCCAUCGAUGCAAGCACUGGCGACAGUAAUACACAAGUGAAAUAUAUUUCUAGAAGAGAAGAAGAAGAUGCAAUCCAGGAACAGGAUGGUGCUUGCGGCCAAGGCGCCAGUGGUGAAGGUUCUAAUGACAGUCAUACACAAAUGAAACACAUUUAUAGUAGAGAAGGUACAAUCCAGGAUGAAGUUGGUGCUUGCGGCCAAGAACCCUUUAAACUGACUGGAGCUGAGGCCACCGAUUUUGUAUUUGAAUUAUUGGAGGAUGUCAAUAAGGAAUGUACAGAGAUAUCAAAACAACAAUUGGACAUAUUUCGUCAACAAAUAAUAUCGGAACACAGUAGAGGAAUAUUUCAACAGAAAACGGGUGCUGGAUGUGACUUUAGCUCCAUCUUUAACGCUAUGUCAGAGUGUCGUCAGUGCUUUACUGUGCAACUGGUACGAAACUAUUGCUUGAUGAAAGAGGAAAUGACUGAAGCAGUUGCAAGACGCAUCGCCACCGCAUGUUUGACGCCUGCUUAUGUAGAAGAACUGGACUAUAUAAAAAAGCGCAGAGUAUAUGUUGGGAGCCUUCUUAAACUGGUUCUUCGUAGUGGCACCGAGCAAAUCGAGAGACGCUUUGUUUCUACGUUGCAACAUGAAGAAAAAAAUAUGGCAAACUCGUUGGAAAAUACAUCGGUUUCAAAAGACGAUAUGGCUGAGUUUGCAAAGUUACAGAUAGAGCGACAUGACUAUAAUAUUCAGAAUGAAGACCUACCAAGAAUGUUUAUCGGAAAAAUUGAAGUCGAAAUUCUCAAUGACAAUCUCUUUUCUAGUGUGUAUUUCAGUUACUCAGAACAUACACAUAUUGAAAACAAUAUCGGCAAAUCGGUUGAUUUAUUUCUUGAUACGAUUCGAAAAUCCAAAGUUAGUGUUCUUUCUGAAUUAGAACUGAUCUGCAAGAACAACGGCAUCAUGUGUGUUUCCGAAACGUUACCUAGUGCUUUUCUACAGGACAGGCCAUAUAUUGAAACGUUGGAGAACAUAGGAAUCGAAACCAUCGACAUGGAUGUAGGAUCCAUCGUUUUGACAUUGAAACUGAAGGACGAGAAUGCAUUUGCAAAUCUAAAAGAGAAAUGCCUGACUGGCAGCAUAGGCGACGUAUUGUGUGAUCUUUCAAAGGGCGAGAAAUUUACCCAAUUAUUGAAAUGUCAUUCACAGUGGGACUCGACAAAUAAAAUGCACAAAUUUAAGAUGACAUUGCAUGCGAUUGAAGAAGAGGUACAUUUUGUUAAAAUGAGGAUUGAGGGAGGCCUUUUCAAAGAUUCUUUUUGCAACGUCAAAACAUGCGGAACCGAACAUCCUGCCUACAUAUGCGAAGAACUUGAGAUAACGGAUGCUUUGCUUGCAACGUUAAAGUAAAAAAACUCGUACCACGUGAUAUUGAAGACAGAUUGCGAAUGCUCACGACAAGAAGAGGCAAAAUUCAUGAGUUACUUAGCAAUUACAAAGACAUGUACGACGAAAGGUUUCAAACGCUUGCUACGAACAUAAAACAUGUACGGAAAUCUCGCAGCAAGGAAGCCUAUCCUGUGAACAUAUUUGAUGGAGAGUUUGUCUAUACCAUUUGCGAUGGAAAGUUCACACGAAU